CUCCUGCCCGAGCAGGGGGCUGGACUAGAAGACCUCCGAGGUCCCUUCCGGCUCUAUUCUGAUUCUAAUUCUGAAAUUUGGAGAGGUUCAACUCUUUUUAUAAUAUGGAUUUUGACAGCACGAAUCUUUUCGAAAUUCUCUUCGAUGGACAGCAGGAGGGUUUGGAUGCCGGACACAGCCUCGCUUUCGGAAACUCCGGCAUCCAUAUCCUCCUUCAAGACCACCCGUACGGCUGUCUUCCGAAUAAACCCGGGAACUGCCCAGCUGGCCAGCUCCAGCGUCUUCCUGAGGAUGAUCCAGAAGAACUUUUACAACUUCGGAUCAACCCCAACGAGGUCUACCGUCCCAGGAGCUCAACGGCGUCUCCGGAGAAGAGCGGCGACGUGUCCCCGAGUCUCGGCCGAGACCCCCUGCCUCACGACCCAUCGCCCACCAUCGUCCUGGAGGUCCUCUGCGAGCCGGGAACCUUGGAAGAACCCAACCCUCUUGGAAAUUGGAGCCCCCCUGGAACUCACGCACCCAUCUGCAUUGCGAGCCAAGCAUCGCUCGGUUGCUUGGAGGGGGCGGCCCAGGUUCCCGCGGAGCAGUGUGUCGAUGCACACCUCCAGCCCCCUGCCCUGUUCUUGACGGAGGAGGAGAGACACCUGCUAAGCCAGGAGGGCGUCUCGCUGCACGAGGUCGUACACCUUUCCCAGGUGGAAGAGAGGAUCCUCAAGAAAAUACGGAGGAAGAUUCGAAACAAGCACUCUGCCCAGGACAGCCGUCGACGCAAGAAGGAAUAUUUGGACCAUCUGGAGAGCCGGGUGGCUGCCUGCUCGGCGCAGAACCAAGAUCUCAAGAAGAAAGUCCAGCAGUUGGAGAAGCAUAAAGAGUCCCUUCUGGAGCAGCUACGGAAACUCCAGGGGCUCCUGACCCAGACAUCCAGCAAGACCACCCAGACCAGCACCUGCCUUGUGAUCCUCCUCGUCUCCUUCGGCCUUUUCAUCUGGCCCACCCGUGCCUCGUUUUACGGCGCGUCUCAGGUCGGCGGAGAGAACCCCGAACCGUCAGGAGUCCUUUCCCGAAAUAUCUUGACCCAAAACGCAUCCUCUGAGCCAGGGACACCAUCCGCCGCCCGUCACCCAGAAGAGCCCCACGCUGGAGCGGAAUUGCCCCCGCGGCUCCCCGCCACCCGCAUCGCCGAGGACGAGAAAAAGUUCCCCGUGGUGGGAGAGGCGGCCCAGGAGGCAGCAUCUGAACCCCAGACCCAACCGAAGAAUCGUCGGCGAGGGAAGGCCACGAGGCCUGACCUCGAUGAGAUAUGAGACAUCCCGGCAAAUAUUAACUGCAAAAGUUUUUGCGGACUGGGAAGCUUUACGUUCUGAAACAAACUGCCAAGGGUACUCCAGAGCAUGUGCAAAGGGCCUUUCCCCCCUUCCCCUUGUCAACAAGCAGCAACUAAUCCAAGGGACAGAUCCUUGCCGGCUGCCUCAAACCCAAAGCGAUUCCAAGCCAGAGUUUUCUUUAACAAGAUUUGUUGAGCCGGGGGAAAAAAAAAAGAUGACGACUUUGCAAGAAUUCCCCCUUCUCCAAAUCUUUUAUCCUUCUCCAAACCGUCUCAGACAUCGGACAUGGGGCUCAAGGGGUAGAGCUCAGCGGUUAAAACAUGCCGGACCAUAAUACCCAGCAGGGUCAGGGUAAAGGACGCUGGGACUUGUAGUCCCUGGCUUUAAUGUAAUUCACGGGUUUUCGAUUUUUCUUUCAUGAAUUCCGUUCCAUUCUUCGCUGGCUUUUGUCUUCUCGCCUGCCCCCCCCACCCCGAUUCUCUCUCCAGUCGUCGUCCCCCCACCCACCCCCCCGCCUCCAACCACCACCACCCUCCAGCAGAAAUCAAAUUAUCCUGCUUGGAAACGAAGGAGUUUAAUUAACAUAAGCCGAGCGACGCUGGAGGCUUCUUCCGUCUGCUUCAAACCUUUCUCGAGCCUGUGUAGGUUGUCUUUUUUUUUUUUUCCCUCCCCCAUGAAAACCCUCAUUAUGCAGAACUGCAAUUCGCAGGAGACUCUUCCAUCCGAUCUCCUGCCGGGAAAUUUCAUGCCAAGAAACUUUCCAUCCUCGGAAAAUUCAGUUUUAUAACCCGUUGCCUUCGGGACCGCUUGGUGGAUUCGUUCAACAAGAUUUUGAGAGACAGGCCUUGAAAAUUUCUGCCUCCUUCCUUCCUUCCUUCCUUCCUUCCUUCCUUCCUUCCUUCCUUGUGCCUUCCGCUUCAAAUGAUCUUUUUAGUGCGCUUCGGAGGACAAGAAGUCCUCGCCGUACGACCAUAAUAAACGGAGCCCCCAAAAUUUCCGCUGCUAAGCCAGACGUCCGUUAAGUGAAUUUUGCUUCCCUCGCCAACCUUGUUUCAGUCAGUCGCACGGUAGUUUAAGUUUAAUCCGGCUUCCCACGUCGCCGAGGGUCGCCAAAGGGAGAUCACACCUCGACCGUCGUAAAUAUGAAUCCGUUGCCAAGCGUCUGGGUUUUGGUCACGUGACCGCGGGCAGGCCGCAACGGUCGCAAGUGUGAAGCAAGGGUUUUUUCAUUGGCGCUGUAACUUCCAACAGUCCCUAAAUGAACUGGAGGAAAAAAAAAACCCAAAAGUGAGGAAUUAGAGCAAAACCAAAGUUGUGAGGAUGGGGAGGAAUUAAAAUUAAAAGUUCUUUUAAAUUUUUUUUAAUUGAUUUUAUUAUGACACAACACAAACAUACAUAACAUAAACACAUAAUCAUAUUUAAAUUUAGGCCAUAUGGAAUAAGUUUUUUAAAUAGUUUUUAUUGUAAUAUAUUCUAUUGUUUUACUUGGCUGUUCACCGCCCUGAGUCCUUCGGGAGAAGGGCGGUAUAAAAAUUAAAAUAUUAUUAUUAAAAUAUUAUUAUAAUCUGUGUUUUCUUUUUACAUGACGGUUCCGUCCCUUCCACUUAACACAUUCCCUUUUUCCCUUCUUCUUCACUAUCUUUGACUUUAUCGUCCCUUUUACAUCUAGUUUCAAAUAUUUACAAUAUUUUACACAUUCGUUCUCUUCUCCAUCCUUCAUUUCUGUUUAGUUUUCCUCUUCUCCAAUCACUCAUACCAUUUGGUUCAUAGUUGAUAAUAUUCUGGUGGGUUGUUUUUUUUUAAGGAAAGAAGGAACACCCCUGCUCCAGUCCACAUUUCGACGCUGCUGGUAUCCGUCUGAAUUUUUAUUUUUUAUUUCAAAAGAAAGAGGCACAGAAGGAAAGUUUCUAUAUCUCAAGCCUGCCCAGACGAGAAAUAUUAAAAUUUUAAGAUUGACAAGGAUGGCUGGUAGGGCUUCGAAUUCGAGAUCAAGUCUUCCUUAAGGCUGGCAAUGCUUCUCCCACUCCGAAGCUUUUAAAAAAAUUAAUUCCUGUUAAGAGGCAUCUUCUCUGUUCCCCCAGUCUUGUUGCAACCAACGUCUAGAAUUAUAAACACGGCGUAUUUUUCCUACUCUGCGUUAAGACAAAAUGCAUUCAACAGAUGCAGUUCUUGCCAACGGCAAAAAAAAAUCAAGCAGGCGCCGUUCAGGAGGCGGAAUCGUAAAUCAAGCCAGCUUCAAACGCCCCGCUUGCUUUCUGGAAUAAACUAAAACCAUAGUCCUCGACGUACAACUGCGACGGAGCCUCCACGUUUUCAGUGUCCCUAAGCGAGACAUUGAGGGGGUUUUUUUUGCCUCGUUUUACCUUUCUCACUACGGUUGUUCAGUGAAUCGCCGCGGCCGGUCAGCGAGUCAACACGGCCGUGAAGCGAAGCCAGAUUUUCUCCCGUUGACUUGGCCUGUCAGAAGAUGGCUGCAACCGUCGUAUAAACAGGAGCCGGUUUGCCUGCCGAGCAUCCGAAUUUUUGAUCGCGUGACUGCGGGGGGACGGACGCUACGACGGUCAGAAGGGCAAGAUCCCAGCUGAUCAAAUCGAAUCUUUUAUCAGAUUUGUCGACCAGCGUUAAUCUUAAAACGCGUCCUAACCGGCGUUCAAAUCAAGCCUCCUUAUCCAGGAGCAGUCUACCGCUCUCGAAACACCGCUCUUGC